CCUCUCCGCGGCAUUCUCGCGAGAACUCUCCAGCAGCUCACGGCUCCGGGCAGCUGCCCUUCCCGAGCCGGCGUCGGCGGAGGAGUGCGCAGGCGCAGCCUUGGGUUUCCCCGGCUACAGUCGGCGUUUCGGCCCUCUAGUCCGCCGCCGGCUCUUCCGCCGCCCUGCGCCAUGGCGGGCUGCGCGGCGCGGGUUCCGCCGGGCUCCGAGGCGCGCCUCAGCCUCGCUACCUUCCUCCUGGGCGCCUCGGUGCUCGCUCUGCCGUUGCUCACGCGCGCCGGCCUGCAGGGCCGCACCGGGCUGGCACUCUACGUGGCCGGGCUCAACGCGCUGCUGCUGCUGCUCUACCGGCCGCCGCGCUACCAGAUAGCCAUCCGAGCUUGUUUCCUUGGCUUUGUGUUUGGCUGCGGUGUGCUACUCAGUUUCAGCCACUCCUCUUGGAACCACUUUGGCUGGUACGUGUGCUCGCUGUCACUAUUCCACUAUUCUGAGUAUUUAGUGACAGCUGUCAAUAAUCCCAAAAGUCUGUCCUUGGAUUCCUUCCUCCUGAAUCACAGUCUGGAGUACACGGUGGCAGCUCUCUCUUCUUGGAUAGAGUUCACACUUGAAAACAUCUUCUGGCCAGAACUGAAGCAGAUCACCUGGCUCAGUGCCACUGGGCUGUUGAUGGUGGUCUUUGGAGAAUGCCUGAGGAAAGCUGCCAUGUUUACAGCCGGCUCCAAUUUCAACCACGUGGUGCAGAGUGAAAAGUCAGACACCCACACUCUGGUGACAAGUGGUGUAUACGCCUGGUUCCGGCACCCCUCCUAUGUGGGGUGGUUUUACUGGAGUAUCGGAACCCAGGUGAUGCUGUGUAACCCCAUCUGUGGCGUCGUCUAUGCCCUGACGGUGUGGCGCUUCUUUCGUGAUCGCACAGAAGAGGAGGAGAUCUCACUGAUCCACUUCUUUGGGGAGGAAUACUUGGAGUAUAAGAAGAGGGUGCCCACAGGCCUGCCGUUCAUAAAGGGAGUCAAGGUGGAGCUAUGACAGGGAGAAGCCGAUGGCACCAGAGAGCCUGCAGCCCUGCACAGCCUAGGACAGAACUACUUCCCUGCAGAAUGACUUUCCUAAUCAUUUUAUAUGUCACUAAUUACUCCUCAGAACGUCACCCAAGACCUAGUGCUCAGAAGGCCUUAGGACCAAAGGACCCACAGCAGCAGUCUCUUGUACUGAAUGAAGGUAGAAGACAGGUAAACAGUGAACAAGGAGCACGUCACAGCAGUUCAUCAGUGCCCCUUUCAUGGUGGCAGGAUGAGGACCCAAGCCAGUCUUAUGCCCCUUCAGGCCAGAGUAUCUUUGCUCCGUGACCAUGAUCCUCGGGAGAGGUGGACACUGCCCUUUGCAGGACUUAUACCACUGAAGGUGUGGUCAGAGUGGCCGAAUGUCAGCAUGAAGGUGCAUCAGAAUCCUUUAAUUUAACCCAACACAGAGCUUUAACCUUUGUCUGCCCAUAAGAGCAUGGGCAUCUGUAUUAACUCUAAAGACUUCUACACUUUGGCCCAUAAUACAUUUAAUCAUAUUUACCUACAAGUUUUACAAAAAUAGCAGUGUACAUUCAAAGGGACACUGAUUCUCCUUGCCUUGGAGUUUCUGACUUCAGCUUUUAUUUGGCAACAGGCAGCACAGACCUCAGAGUGCUCUGCAGCUUUGAGUGGUAUGGCACCUGGCCUUGGGGUCUCCUGCGGUCCUGGCCUUGGCUCUUCUGUCCCCGAGGAAGUGCUUACCAGGGGCCUGCGCUCAUGCCGAGAAAUGCUGCCCCACCGUGUUUUGGGGUUUCCACUCUCGUUUUAUCACAGCUUGUGUUUUCUCUUGCGAUGUGGUCAGUCCCAUUUGUUUCCUGUGUUCUUCCAAAGGAAGUCACCCCUGCUGCUGCCUCAGUGCUUUCCAGAGGGUCCCAGCUUAGCUCGUGCACCCGAGUGAGGCUAAUGACUCUUAACAACAGUCUGCAGUAGAGCAGCCUGCUUGAGGUGGGAGGGCGUCUUUGUGCUGUAGGUCUGGGAGAACAUUUGGCUUUUUGUAUGUUGAGAUAAACGUUUUAAGAGGUGAGGCCCGUGAUUAGUCCUGGGCUGACUAGGGCUUGGUCCUGGCGUGAAGUCUUUCCAGACUUGAGGCUUUGUUUUUCUCAAAAGUGUCUGCUUCGAGCUGUAAAAGGGUUGUAUUUAACUGUUCAGCAGACAGGCAUGAGCACACAUGGGUGAAGAAUCUGCUCUGAAGAUUUCAGUACGUGUCAGCUAACACCCAGUGCUGAAAGUAGGCAUGCGGCAGGGUUGGAUGGAAUGGAUCUGUAUACCUCACCUUCCUGCUGUUUGGAGUCCAGCUGUCGGAGUGCUCUGAGCAGCAGCCAGAUCCUCAGCCUGGGGACAAACUGUCCUUCAUUUUCCUCCCGUGACCCACCGAGCAGAGACAUUCUUAGCAGACACACCGCAGGGCUGAGAAGAAUAGCUGCUCAGUGCUUCUGACCUUCAGCCUCUGGCUCUCCGCACGGCUCUGUCCUCCCAGGCCUCAGAAGACCUCCACCCUCCACAAGCACACCACUGCACAGAAACACAGUUGGUAAACAUCAGCUCAGGCAAGCCCAGGCCCCAGUAGUGGCCAUGGUGUUGCUAAGCACGCUGGCAGAUUGCUGUACCUAGGCCAGGUCUCUACCGGGGUACCACGGUGUGGGGUUGGUAAUUAAUGCCAAGCCGGAAGCCAGUGGGACAGUAGUCCGCACAGUGGUUGCUGCCCCGGGACCCACUGUUGUUGGCAGUGUCAGCAUUGACAUCACUGGGAGCCACAUCACAAAGGGGAAGCCAGCAGGGAAACAUUUCACUGGUCACUGCCUCAAAGCAGGACUGGUGCACUGUGCCACAGUAAGCUGCUUGUGGCAGGCUUUCUCAGCAGAGAUAAUGGCACAUGUCGCUGAUGGGACUAGACAUGGGAACACCAGGUGGGUCUGCAGGCCUGUCAUGAAUAUUCGGGGGUCCAUCAACUCUGAAGGAAGCUGUGACUAGGGUGUGCUCUGUCUAAGAGAGUGGUUAACAGUAAUAUGGGUUGAGUGCGGAGGAUUGUCAGCCCAGGAGGAAUAGUCAGGUGCAAGAUCGGUAUUGUGUGGUAGGAUUCAGGCCGGGUUGGUGAAACCCUGGGGGCUGUGUGAAUGGGGUUCCUAGCUUGUUCUUGCCAUAAUAGACGAUCCAUCAACAAGAAGUCACCCCAGCAUCACCCCUCCACCAGAACUUCUGGGAAUCCAGAAGCCUUAAAGACUUGCGCCCUGGUCAGCUCAGUAAGGCAGGAGGAAGGCUAGCAGAAGAGCUGGGCUGCAGCCCCGUUGGAAGUGGCCAGCCUGCAGGCCUCGUUAUUCCUCAGUGUGACUGAAGGUGGGGUGUAGCCAGGGCAUUGCUGUCACCAGCACACCCUUCUGGGCUAGGGCUUCCCCAUCAGUAGAGUGGGGCUGUUCCACCUGCCUCACAGGGUGUUUGGGCACAUGAUGCUCAGACGUGCACAAUGGCAUGAGAUUUUACAGUGUGAGCACUGGGCCUAUGUGUUAGCUGAAGGCUGCUCAUAUAUGUUCAAAGAGCAUUUGCCAGCUCACAAGUAAUUUAUUUUUAGAUUUCAUGGCGUAAUUAUUUUUCUUGUUCUAUAUACCAAAGAGGCUUACGGGUUUGCCAGUUACCAUGUGAGGCCAGUUGGCAUAGGAGCUGCCAGCCCUCAGGACCUGAGGCUUGCACGGCUCUGUGUCAGCCAUGGCUGUUGUCCACACCAAGCUGUCCAGGAAUAACACGGUGGGACAUCAAUACUCAGUUUUGAAAUAUGAGUGGAGCCAGACCACACCUCCAGAAGCCCCCUCCACUCACCAGGCUGUGAACAAGAGGGGAUGGAUUUUUGGCAGUCAUACCCAGCUCUUUCUCAGUGCAUCUAAUCUGGGCUGGCUGCAGCCUCCCAUGCCCCUUGAGGGCCGUGAAUUUGUCUUUUUGAUGGAUGGAGAGUAGCUAAUGACAGCCCUUUGCAUCGUGGGUGGUAAGGCUGAAUGUUGUCAUUUGAUGUCACCCUCUUCCUGCCAGAGGAGGCCAGAAAGCUCAGCCGUGCAGCAGGCCAGGAGAGAGGGACCCAGGUCGUGGGAUCUCUCGACGCGAUGCUGUGUUGUGCCCUGGGAGAGGUGAGGUUGUGUUCUGUAAAGAGUAAUUCCAAGGGUGUGGGUGGUGGGAGAACAACCCCCCUCCUGACACUCCCGGCGUGGAUGUCGCAAACCCACAGGGGAAUACGAGCUCAAGGGCAGGACUUGCCAGGUGACUGGUACCCUCUGCCGCCGUGUCCUAGGUGUCCACAAGGACUGUCGGGUGAUUGAUUUGUUCGCUUGCAGGCUUCAGAAGGGAGGUGGCUUCUAUACGGAAGAAAGGCUGCUUGCAGUCGUGGGGAAGGAAGCAUUCAGGAGGCCCUUCAGCUGCUACUGUGGCAGUUUGCAGAAGAGUGAGCCUCCAAGCAGGGCAGAAAGCUCACAGCGGUGUCCUUGGUGGGGCCUGGGGCUGCUGCUUGGGCCCAGGGUGUGCACCUUAUUAACCCUUCCUGCUCAGUUACUAACUUGGGGCCUGGUGUAUCAGGGAGGCCACUCUUAGUGUCAGAUCCUGGAGGGCUCAGCCAAAGCUCCUAGGGUCGCCUCCUUCAGACCGCCUGUGAGCCCUGUCCCUCUGCACUGUACCCUGCCUUAGCUAGCUCCGCUUUUACAGUGGUGGCCAGAUUCGAGCCCUCAGCCUUCCGGAAGGGUGGGCAGCUGCACAGCUGUGAGCCUUGUCCCUUGCUCAUCCCGAGUGGAGGCAGCUUGUCUGUGAGGAGGGGUAUCACGGAGUAAUUACUGUACUGUUCUUUUUACAUACAGAAAUCUUUAUUUAAAUAUAUUAAAUGGGAUUUUCUUUCACAGAUACUGAUUAUUCUUUCUAAUUCUUAAAUAAACUACUUGGUUUCCCUAUGAA